CUUGUCAGAGACACAUUCACUAAAGCCUUUGUGAAAAACUUCACCGUUGUGCUGGUCUGGUUUGUCCUCAGCUACAUCAACAUCAGCGUCGUGGUCACCUUCUUCAAAAACCAGGUGUUUUAUGAGGACCCGCGAUACAUCCUCUUCAUCAACAUGGUCAUAAACGACGCCAUUCAGCUGACGGUCACCAUCAUGCUGUUCGUGCUGAGCUACAUCUUCUACUUCAUCAACGUGUCCUUCUGCUGCUUUUUCAUCCUUGUGGCCGUUUUCACCACCAGGAACUCUCCCGUCAUCUUGGCCAGCAUGGCCAUCGAGCGCUACAUCGCCGUCUGCAACCCCCUGCGCCACGCCCAGAUCUGCACCACGCAGAGGACCUACAUCCUCAUCGGCAUCAUCUGGUUUGUGUGCGUAGUGACAGAAAUGAGCGACUUCUUCGUCACUUUAGCCUCAGAGCCCAUAAGCUUCUUCUACACCUCCGUCUUCUGCCUCCGGCAAAACAUAUUCCGAUUUCCAACCCUGGCCACUAAAAUGCAAGCUCUUGAUUUCCUGUACUUUUCCUGUGUUUUGCUCACCCUGGUGUACACCUACCUGCGGGUCAUGUUUGCGGCCCGGGCGAUGUCCACAGACAGGACCUCCGCGCAGAAGGCGAGAAACACCAUAUUGUUGCAUGGGGCACAGCUCCUAAUGUGCAUGCUCUCCUACAUCUACCCCAGAAUCGAGGCCGUCAUCAGCAUGGUCUUCCCGGCACACAUCUUAGACAUUCGCUACUCCACCUACUUAAUCGUGUACAUCCUCCCAAGAUUCCUCAGCCCUAUCGUCUACGGCGUCAGAGACCAGAAGUUCCGUAAAUACUUAAAGAAAAAUUUCCUGUGCAACCAGUGUAGGGUUACACCAAGCGGCGAACAGGAAAACAGACUGGAAAAUGAGCAUUAG